AGAACACAUCCUUCUCUGUGGUGCGAUCACAACCUUAUGUUUGUACUUUUGCUCUGUUUACACGUAUUGAGGCAAUGCCUGCGAUUGGGAAGGCUUCCGCAUUAUAUCAUAGAAGGUGUGAACUUGUUCGAUGGGAAACUCUCAAAGUUGCUGCAGAAACGCCUUUUAGUGUAUAUAGACUCGUUGAUAAGGAAUAACUUACAAGAUGUUUUUGUAUCGGUAUAGAUUAUGUAAGUUGUCGGUUACAAUCCUGUAGUAUGCGGCCCAUUGUACAGGCUGGAGAACUAAGAGGUGUAUGCUUAAGUAACAGCAUUCGAUUACUGCUGAAGCGUGAUUACUUGCAAAGAUUGAUUUAUGUGUUCACAGUCUUAAAACAUGACCUGAGCAGUUCUCAUACAACCUUCGAGCAUAAAUUAAAAUAUGUAAUACGCAAUUGUUUUGAAAACUCAACGAAUGCCAUGUCAAAAACUGCUGCUCUUGAAUUUAUUAAACACUUUUAUGCGUUACAAAUUUCAGUUCAAUCAUCUUACUAUUUGCGACUACAAAACGUUCUUGACAGCGAAAAUAUAAGGCGUGUCCAAUCUUCCUUAAAUUCGGAUGUAGAUUCUAGUCGCUUAAAAUUUGCUUCUAUGCUAUACUGUAGUGGUCAUCAUCAAGCGGCAGUUCGAGUGCUGGAGGAUGUAGAGAGGAGGUAUCACAGCAAUGUCAUGGCUGUGUGUUGGUUUAGAGAAUACCAGAGAGACAGGGAUCUGAAGGUGUUUGCUGAUAUGUUAUCUGGUAACAAAGAAGAGGGAAUCAGCCAACUGCCAUUCGAAUUAUGUGUCAGUUUUUUAAGGCAAGAAUCGUACUGCACUCCUUUCAUAUUAUUGUUUGAAAUGAAUCGCAAUAUCACUGAAGAGGAAGUGACACAGGGAACUUACGCUGAAAAACUAUGGAUGGACAGUGCUGAGGUGGACGCUCGUCCGUUUCUAUACUAUCUGCAGUAUCUCAAGUAUGGAGGACUCGGUGAACGUGACAAUCAGCUACAUGCAUUGGGAGUCUUUAAGUCUUACAUGCUUGAUAAAAGAAACAUGAUAAACAUGUAUCACGUUGAUACUUCACUGAGUUUGUUGGGGCACUGCUAUGAAAUGGAAGGGAACGUUAAUGCGGGGUUACAUUACUAUCAGCAAUCGUUGCUUCAGGGCGGUACAAACAAUGCCGCUAACUGGCACGUUCGGCGUGUUUUGAGUCUUUUAAGUGAUUAAAAACGAUAAAGAAAGGUCUCUGAUAAUGUGGAUAUGAUGCGACUAAACAUAAUCAAGUUGUUUAUUUAAUAUAUAAAUAGUAAUUAUAGUAAGUAUAUAGCAAGCAUUUAGUAAUGUGUUGUUUACCAUGUAUCAAUAUAACAAAAACAAAUGAACUGAGUUGAAUUGAACAUAAUAUCAAUGUAUUCUAUAUUAACAAAUAAUGCACCUUCAACAAUUUUAGGAGAUAAUCACCUUUAAUUGUCCACGACUAUUACGGAAUGAUUAUGUUAACUAAUUGUAUAAUUUGCCUAAUACUGUGCUAAAAAUACAUUUAAGUACGGUAUGCUUAUUUAUUAUAUUAUCAGAUGAAAAUGUCCUGUAUGUUGCCAUUUUUGCUCAAUAGAUUCCCCAUUUAGGAAAAAAAGUCAUAAUUGUUCUUCAAAAAAUAAUUUAUGUAUAUUUAUAGGUGCAUAACAGAUCAAUAUAUCUCAAGUGUAAUAUUAUUUUUGGUAUAUGUACUCAAGACAAUAUUUGGCAGACAACCAAUUCUUGUAUUCUUUUGCUGCAGAAAUGUAUCUUAUUUGACGUUAAAACUUAAUAUCUGUUUGGUAUUGUAAUCAUAUAUCUAUGUUCAGCAUUUUGGUAGGCAACACACUAUAAUUGUCAUCAACAGGCCCACAUCUGACUGUGAAAGUUGGACACAGAUAUUAAUCUUGGUUAGAUGUGUCCUUAAUUUCAAAUCAGCUACUGUUUAUUGUAUGUAUUGUCUCUAUACUGUUUUAUAAAUAUUGCAAAAUUGUUGUUAUUAUUGUUCAAGAUUCUGUCAAAACUGUCUUUAAGUAACAAAUAUGCCAUAUGUAAAAACAAAAAACAUGAUGUGUGCUUUUUUCUAAUACGAAGUCAUGGUGGAUCGAUAACAUGUUUUUUGUUCACGGUUGUGGCAUUACUCAAAUUUAAUUAGCUUUUUUAU